GUACACUAAAAAAAACAUACGGCGAGAAAAAAAAAUUUAAAGAAAAAAAAAGCUAAGAGAGAAGAGGACACAGCGCUUCUCCUCAUCUAUCUCUCUCUCUCUUCCUUUCCCUUCCACGGCUCGGCCACUGAUCUCUUGCCUUUUCCCUCUCCUCGAUUCCCCCGUACACUUGGAGCUCGGAGCUCUCGGCAUUUGGAUCCGAACAGCACUCCGAGGAAGCGAGGACUCUGAUUUUGGAGAGGUUUUGAACUGAAUCUGUCGCCGGAGAAGAGGAAUCGGGACCGACUUCGGUGGAUCCUGGAGGCAUUUGGAGUGUCUAGAGGCUGACUCGGUUUCUGGAGGACUUGGAUGGAUGGGUGGAUGACAGGUCCUAACUUGGAGACAAUGGGUGCGGGGUUGGAUUCGGUCGUGGAGAAGCGGAGUAGGCACUGCUAAAGGUUGGUUGUGGCAGAGGGGAUGUCGGCGGCAGCAGCGGCGGAUCAUGGCAGGGCGGGCCCUGUCGAGAGGGAUGUCGAGCAGGCUAUCACUGCUCUUAAGAAAGGAGCAUACUUGCUCAAGUAUGGACGCAGAGGAAAGCCUAAAUUUUGCCCAUUUAGGCUGUCCAAUGAUGAAUCGGUAUUAAUAUGGUUCUCGGGUAAAGAGGAGAAACGCCUCAAAUUAAGCCAUGUAUCCAGAAUCAUGCCUGGACAACGCACUGCAGUCUUUCAGAGGUACCCACGGCCCGAGAAGGAAUGCCAGUCAUUUUCUCUUAUCUAUAAUGAUAGGUCGUUAGAUCUUAUAUGCAAAGAUAAGGAUGAAGCUGAAGUCUGGUUUGCUGGUCUCAAAACACUGAUCUCACAAAGCCAUAACCAGAAAUGGAGAACAGAAUCAAGAAGUGAUGGAGUGUCUUCUGGUACUAAUAGUCCAAGAACAUACACCCAUAGAAGUUCACCUUUAAGCUCUCCUUUUGGUAGCAGUGAUAGUAUACAGAAGGAUAGCAGUGAAACCCUUCGACUUCGAAGUCCAUAUGAAAGUCCACCCAAGAAUGGCUUGGACAAGGCAUUUUCUGAUGGCUUAUUAUAUGCUGUGCCUCCUAAGGUUUUCUUUCCUUUAGAUUCUGCUAGUGGAUCGGUGCACUCUCUGUCAUCAGGAUGCUCAGAUAAUGCAAAUGGGCAUACAAGGGGCGUUACAAUGGACGCAUUCAGGGUAAGUCUGUCAAGUGCUGUUAGCUCAUCAAGUCAAGGCUCUGGUCAUGAUGAUGGUGAUGCUUUAGGUGAUGUUUUCAUAUGGGGUGAAGGAAUGGGGGAUGGAAUUCUGGGUGGUGGGGGUUAUAGAGUUGGAAGGUAUUCAGGCACUAAAAUGGAUUCUCUUGUGCCAAAAGCCAUAGAAUCUGCUGUAAUACUUGAUGUUCAGAACAUAUCUUGUGGUGGCAGACAUGCUGCACUUGUCACUAAGCAAGGAGAGAUCUACACUUGGGGAGAGGAAUCAGGAGGCAGGCUUGGGCAUGGAGUAGAUUCUGAUGUGGCUCAACCAAAACUUGUUGAUGCUCUUCUCAAUAUGAACAUUGAACUUGUAGCAUGUGGGGAGUACCAUACUUGUGCUGUUACACUAUCUGGAGACCUCUACACUUGGGGGGAUGGUACUUAUAAUUUUGGGCUUCUUGGGCAUGGAAAUGAAGUGAGCCAUUGGGUACCCAAGAGGGUUAAUGGACCUUUAGAGGGAAUCCAUGUUUCAUCAAUCUCUUGUGGACCUUGGCAUACAGCUGUUGUUACCUCUUCUGGGCAAUUAUUUACUUUUGGAGAUGGAACUUUUGGUGUUCUAGGUCAUGGAGAUCGCAAGAGUGUCUCUGUGCCUAGAGAAGUAGAAUCCCUAAAAGGACUACGCACAGUGCGAGCAGCUUGUGGCGUUUGGCAUACUGCUGCAGUUGUUGAAGUUAUGGCUGGAAAUUCUCGUUCUAGUAACUGUUCUUCUGGGAAGCUGUUUACGUGGGGGGAUGGAGAUAAGGGCCGCCUAGGACAUGGUGACAAAGAACCAAGACUUGUGCCUACUUGUGUGGCUGCCUUGGUUGAACCAAACUUUUGUCAAGUUGCCUGUGGGCACAGCCUAACUGUGGCACUUACAACAUCAGGCCAUGUCUAUACAAUGGGCAGUACUGUAUAUGGCCAACUUGGAAAUCCUCUAGCAGAUGGAAAGCUCCCUGUCCGUGUCGAACGUAAGCUACUAAAGAACUUUGUGGAGGAGAUAUCAUGUGGGGCAUAUCAUGUUGCCGUCCUAACCUCAAGAACUGAAGUGUACACCUGGGGUAAAGGAGCAAAUGGCCGAUUAGGUCAUGGUGAUAUUGAUGAUAAGAAUACCCCAACAUUGGUCGAAGCUUUAAAAGAUAAACAAGUCCGAAGUGUUGUCUGUGGCACUAACUUUACUGCAGCAAUCUGUAUUCAUAAGUGGGUGUCUGGUGUUGAUCAGUCUAUGUGCUCAGGCUGCCGCCUGACAUUUAAUUUCAAGAGAAAAUGCCAUAAUUGCUACAACUGUGCACUUGUCUUUUGUCAUUCCUGCAGCAGUAAAAAGUCUCUUAGGGCUUCUAUGGCACCAAAUCCUAACAAACCAUAUCGUGUCUGUGACAGCUGCUUUAACAAGUUAAGCAAGGCCUUGGAAAUGGAUUCAUCAUCUCAUUCUGCAGCAACUAAAAAUGGUAGUAUAAUUCAGGGGUUCACUGAAAUGAUUGAGAAGGAGGAUAAGUUGGAUUCUAGAUCACGUGUACAAAUCUCUAGACUUUCUUCAUUAGAGUCGUUUAAGCAAACAGAAGGUAGAUCUUUCAAGAGAAACAAGAAAUUUGAAUUUAAUAGCAGUCGCGUAUCUCCAAUCCCAAAUGGAAGUUCACAUUGGGCUGCCCUUAACAUCUCAAGAUCACUGAAUCCGGUAUUCGGAACAUCAAAAAAGUUCUUUUCUGCUUCUGUUCCUGGAUCAAGAAUUGUUUCUCGUGCAACUUCACCGGUAUCAAGAAGGCCUAGCCCCCCUCGCUCCACAACACCAACACCAACUCUGGGAGGGCUGACAUCUCCAAAAGUCAUUGUUGAUGAAGCAAAAAGAACGAAUGAUAGCCUGAGCCAAGAAGUGGUUAGGUUGAGAGCUCAGGUGGAGAAUCUUACGUGUAAGGCCCAGCUUCAAGAAGCUGAGUUGGAAAGAACAACAAAACAGUUAAAGGAGGCUAUUGCAAUUGCAGGGGAAGAAACAGCAAAGUGCAAAGCAGCAAAAGAAGUUAUAAAGUCACUUACUGCACAAUUGAAGGACAUGGCUGAAAGGUUACCUGUUGGAGCAGCCAAAAACAGUAAACUCCCUUCAUUGGCAUCCUUCAGUACUACUGCUUCAAGUGAUAUUUCAGCUGCAGUCGUUGAUCGAAUGAGCAGUCCUGUUCCAUCUCUUGAACCAGAAUUAAAUGGUUCAAGUGGAUUAUUGGUUUCUAAUGGAGCAAGUUCUAUCAGCAGCUGGAGUAAUGUAGGUCAUUCAGAAGCGGUAAGGAAUGGAAACAAAAUGACCAAUGCAGACCCCAAUCAAGAGUCUGAAUGGGUUGAGCAAGAUGAGCCAGGCGUAUAUAUUACGCUCACUUCUUUACCUGGGGGUGUCAAAGAUCUCAAGAGGGUCCGAUUCAGCCGGAAGCGGUUCAGUGAGAAACAAGCAGAACAAUGGUGGGCUGAGAACCGGGCACGGAUAUAUCAGCGGUACAAUGUGCACAUGGUUGACAGAUCUGCCUCAAGUAUUGGGAAUGAUGAUGGAUCUCAUUGAAAUUCAAUUGACUUGUAAGUAUCAGUUAUCUGUAUUGGAUCCAAGCUGCAGCAAUGAGGAAGCUCUCACUGAUCAAAUGGCUGUAAAUGUGAGUAUAUUUUGUUUAGCCCUAUGAAAGAUUGGAGGGCCCUGAUUAUAAAGAGAUGUGGUUGGAAUUCUACAUGAUGUCCCCCCUUGUGUGGGAAAGUAGAUUGGGUUUGUGAGGAAUGUAAAUUCUCAGUAGGCAGCUGGCAAUAUCCUGCCUUGUAAAUUCAUAAGCAAGUGCAUCAUCUCUCUGUCACCCCCCUUUUCUUGUGUUCUUCCAAUAACCAAUGAAAGGAAGGCACACUGUUUCAGCCAAUCUAGCUGUUGAAAAUGUUUGUGAAAAGUUGGGCUCUUGCAUUAUUUCAGUCUCAAGAGCUCCAGUGGAGAUUUUAAGUCUAGAUAAGUUGUUAUGGAAAAACAGCUGCUUUGAUUGCUGAUUUUAGAAAACACUUAUGCUUGAAAACA